AUGUACAUCGAGAGAAAUACGAUCCGCCUGGCACUUGCAUUGGCCGGGGCUGGGCGGACAUUGGCUGCUAUCCACCGUAUCGCCUCCGCAAACAGAUACACCCCACCUAAGUUUCAUUCCGUCGCUUUCGAUGAUGAGACGAACGAGCUCACUCUUGUGAAAACUAUCGACUCCAAUAAUAGCCAUGUGUGGAUCUCAUUAAACCACGACAAGAGUGAAAUCUAUGGCUCGUCGAUGGACAAUGGCCGCCUGUCUAGCUACGACGCCGCCACCUUGGAGCUGACGGGAAUCGUGCAAACCUCCGGGGCUUGCCUUGGGCAGAAUUCGGCCUUUAACGUGGCGACGCGUACCGAACCCUACUACGUCAUCUCGGGCUCCUAUGGUUCACGCAACGGGUGUGCCAUGUCUAUUGCAGUGACCGACAACGGAUCCUUCGACGACAUGAGCCAAUCAUGGCGAUAUGAAGCUGUCUCAAGCGCCCACGGGCUUGCUAUUCAGGAGGUUAACGGGACCGAGUUGCUAUACACGGCCGAUAUGGGUGCUAAUGUUAUUUGGGUCCAUGCGAUUGACAAGUCAGGUAACGUCGAGGAACUUCAGCGAGCGGAGCUGGAGGGCGCCGGCCUGAAGCCCCGACACCUUAUUAUCCACCCGCAAGGAACUUAUGCGUAUGUGACGCUCGAAGCUACGAAUAGUCUUCUGGCGCUCAAACUCGAUGAAGCGGGGCUGGUUGAUGAGGGCGGGGAGUCGUCGCAAUUUCAGGUGCUCGAAGAGGGCACGAGUAACGCGAACUACUGGUCGGCGGGUGUUAGUCUUUCCGUCAACAAGCGCUACCUGUGGUUCACCACCCGCGGCCGCGCUGGCACCUCUGGACUCAUAUCGUGCUUCUUGCUCGAUGAGCACGGAUCAGUCGUGAGCAAGAUGUUUACUCUCGAGACUGGUACCAGCAACACCAUUUCGAGCUCCGUCACUGCGGCGCCGUGGAGUGACGAACACGCUAUCCUGACGGAUGCCCCUGGGGCCUACAUCGAAGUUUGGAAGCUUGAUGAGCCCUUGGAAGCCACCGACGGCGAUGUGCUGGAGUACGCCACAGCCAAGGAAAAUCCCGAGGCCGUGCGGAUGAGCAAUCUGGUUGACGCGUCGCUACGAGCACCCGAGGACAGGGCCAUGCGGUGCGAGCACCACGAGGACGGAAACCCUGCGCACAAGCUCUAUGAGGCCUAUCUCCAUUGGGCUGCCAACGGCAUGACCCGCUGCGAGACCAUCGGAUACGCAGCGCGGGCAUCCAGUGCGAUGGAGGAAGAAGGAUGUUGGCAGCUGGGGCCAUAUAUCAUCGAGACAACCUUGAUUCUUAUUGCUCCCGCCUUCAUGGCGGCCUCGAUUUACAUGAUACUUGGCCGGAUUAUCCUAUUAACAGACGGAGAGAGACAUGCCAUGAUACGGAAGAAAUGGCUCACAAUGACCUUUGUAGCUGGCGACGUGCUCUCUCUCCUGCUGCAAUCUUCAGCGUUCGUCUACGUCUUCGACGCUACACUCAUGAUCCUCGUCCUCGGUUGGAUGAACUGGUUCCACCCUGGGGAGAUUGGUCUUCUGCUACGGGGUGGACCUGCGGGAAAGAAUGGCUUGGAACUCAUGUAUAAAACAGGGAGGAGCAAGAUUGAUGACCAGUCGAGCGCCUGGAGGGAAGAUGUUUGA